AUGGGCUGCGUGAACUGCAAAAGGGCGAAAAGGUCGAAGGUGCGCCCCACGCUUGUGGAGGCGGCGGCGCGUGAGACGGAAAUGGAACGUCGGACUGCAGCUGAGCAGAGACUUGCAGCACAGAACCUCUACAGCUCCGUCCAAGCUGCAAAUUCCCUCCCAUCCACUAGCCGCGAGGAUGCCGCGCCGCUGUCGGCGAUACCGAGACCUUUAGAGAAUGUGCAAAAGAACUCAGCUGCUGCUGCUGCUCCCGGAGAAACGGAGAAUGGUCUAAGAUGGAGCUCAAAGAAGGAGGGCAACCGCGAAGCCACUGCCAAGGCGGAUAACGACAGCACCACGGCGGCAUUAGCCAGAGUAUCCAGGGCAACGGGUCCGUCAGAGUCCUCCAGGGAUACGCCUAAAGGACACACGAACAAGCAUCAGUACCGCCGUCGCCCCGAGGGCAGUUCGCGGAGUGACGAAUCGCUAUCUAUUCCAGUAGAUGCCGUGGAAUCUGCAAAGUACCGAGACAGGUGCAGUACUAGAAGCAGCAGCAGUACUAGAAGCAGUAGUAGCAGUGCACAAGCGCACAAGGGCAGGGAAGGCGGAGAGGAAGGGAAGAAGCACGGCAGCUCCGGAAGCAUAACCGCCGCAGAGGCUCGGUCGCAGGAGAAGAGCGGUGACUCAGUCGCACACGGGCACCUUCACAGCGCAUCUCACUCGCAGACAGCAACAGCGGGGCUGCCUAUUAACGGCCUGACAGCAGCUGGCACAACAAGCUCCACCAACUCGCACCAGACGAGGCAACCGAAGAUGUACCACAGCAGCAGCAGCGUCUCAUCGGAUUUACGCAGUAAUGCAGUCCUUCCUGGGAUGGAGACAAACGUGUAUCCGAGCGCGGACGCCCUGGAUGACGGCGCCGGCAGUGGGAGCAGCACCAGCUGCGAUGUCCCAGCCGCGAUGCUGGCGCCGAAUACCAGCGUGGAAAGCGGAGGUGCAACGGCUGAGGCCUCCUCCAUGCCUAACCGAGCGCCUUUUGAGCCGUAUAGCGACUUGGGGCCAUGCGAUGUGACCGACUAUGUACCCCCAUAUGAGUGGGCGCCACGGACGCUCCCUGUGCCGUCCCCUCUCCGGCCCUGCGGCCCAGUCGACAUGGCGCGGUGGGAGGACGAGGAGAUCCAGUUUCGUGGACUAGCCGCCGCGGGUACGACCGCUCGUUUUCAGGACCCUAUGGUGAACAUCUCUGUUGAGGAUGCCGCAACGUAUGACUCUGUAGCGGCCGAGGGCAAUUAUGGCGCUUCUCACCCCCUCGGCCUGCACACAUUUUACCCUCGCCUGCCGCCAUCGCAGUGGGCCUCGUCUAGCAGCGAAGGCAGCGCCAGCAGACCUGAGGCAUCCGCAGGGGCAUUCGACUACCCGCGCUUACCGGUGAACACAUUCAUUCAGAAAGGGCAUUCCCACCAGCAGCAGCCGUUCUACCGAGCAAUGUACGAAGCUGAUGCGAGUGUCCACUACUCUCCUGCCGAGUACGCCUUGCACGAAGCGACGCCACGACGGGCAGUGCCGCCGUCUCUUGUUGACGUACACGUCUCCGAGGCGGUCGGCUACGCAUCGCCGCCCGUGAACACUGCAUACUCCUUUUACCCUUCUCGUGCCCUUUUGCCGAUGGAUCACAGUGACGCGGUGCCUGACGGUGGCUCCGGCAAGCCUAUGACUUACUCGCAUGCCAUUCCCGCGAUGACCACAUCUGCCCCGCAAAUUUAUCAAGACGGCAACCGCAGCCGCAGCGGUAACAUCAGCGUUGUUGGCAUCGGCAGUGGUGCGCAUCCGCAUAAACCUGUCUCGUACCUCUUCGACAGCUCCAUGGAUGACUGGCUGCAAUUGCGGCACGCACAACCGCCGCAGCGCCAGCUGUAUGGUGAGUCGGUCGACAUGUGGUGA